AUGGGGCUUUGGUUAUCCGAGUACUUGCCUUCGUGUUUGUCGUCGCCAUCAGAUGAGAAUUAUGGAGGAACUGCCGUCAUAUUGAACGUGUAUGAUCUCACCACCUGGAACGACUACACUCAUUGGUGUGGGUUUGGGAUCUUCCAUUCCGGAAUUGAAGGUAAGUCAAAUGCGCUAUAUUGCGUUCUUCUCGUUGUGUUUCCCAUUUUCUGGUUGAAAUUUCUUCCUGGGUCUUGGUUUCUCAGUAUGAUGGAAUUAACGCAGAACAUUGGUGUUUCGUGUUUGGAUUUCUGAGUUUUAUAAUUUUCUCCUGUACUCUUAUUGAUUUUUUUUGAAUAAUUAUGAUGAUUCAAAGAAGAUUUCUUUUGAUUUUACAUGUUUUAUUAAAAAAUCUUGAAAAUGUCUUUCAUGUACCGAAACAGAAUAAAAAUUAGUGUUUCUGCCAUCAAGCAGAAAAUGAUCUUCUUGGUAAAUUUAGGAUUACUAGUCGGCAAGUAAAAUAGUUGAUUCCAGAUAUCCUCUCUGGUUAGGAGGACGACAAUCUGCCUUGGUUCAAGGAUAUGUUAACAUAAUACGCUUAAAAUUAUCCACUGUAGUAUCGCAUUUCUGAGUCUACUUUUUAGGAACAGGGACAUGGCAUUACUCCAUUAAAAGUUGAAAGUAACAAUUGGUAUCUUCUUCCUCGGAAUAUUAGGGGGCCUGCUGAUUACUAUAGAAGAACAAAAACAUUCUCCGCUUAUGAUCACCACAUCACAAAAGGCACCGUUGGUCAAGGGAAACUAUACGGAAAGAAUAUGGAUUCCUUCUUUAUGUAUGAAUAUUAUUUUGUUUCUUUCCAGGAAUUUUUUUCUGAUCGUUUGUAAAUGUUUUCCUGACCUUUAUAGUUUUCUCUGUAAUUGCAUGAUUCGAAUGUAGACCAUUUAGCCUUUCAACAGAUUUCAGUAAAUUUGGCAUAGUCCUCCCCUGCCCUAAAUUACAUUGAUAAAGAGCUUGAAUCUGGAUCAACCCAUGAUGUUGAUCGUAAAACUUUGCAGAAAGUUGCAUCACGGAUUUGUCUAGGUGACGUCGCAUUAACAGAACAAAAUAUGUGUUUGAGCCACCGAAACGAAUUGAUGUCUAUUUUUGUCUCGUCAAGCUUAAUGAGUAUCAGAAAUCCGGAUGAUUAUUAAGGAAAACAUUUGAUUACAAAUCGGAAUACCGCAAAGUAGACACCUAGAAAUGGGUCCUUCGUUGGAAAUAACAUGAGGGCUUGACAGAUUUUAGCCAAACUAGUUAUCUAGAAUUCAUCUUCCGUCUGAGAUUUUAGUAUUUCAGUUUGGGCUCCAUUAACUUGGGCGAAGUAGUGGGCCUAUAAGGGUUAGUUGCGAGGGGUGUCAAUGACGAUUCAUUGAAUCGCUAUCAAACUGGGAAAGCUCAAGUAUUUGUAAAUUUUUGGCAGUGAUGUUUACUUGUAUUAAGAUGGUGAACGUUCUUUUAUAAUUGGUUUUAUAUAUUCCCUUCAAUCCACCCCUUUGACCUUAAAUACAUAGUAGUGCACAGAAAAAAAAGCAUAUUUACUGCUUGCUUUCUGAAUAAGAGGAGUGAUGCCAUUUGAAUUUUAUAAUUAGUGUUUGAAAAUAUGGUUCCCAGUAAUUUAACUGGAAAGCAGCUUUGGAUCUGGAUUUAGAAAGCGUCUUCAUGGUUUUUCUUUUUUCCAGUCGAAUGGAAGACUAUCGAUAUUUAAAAUUUCCUAAUACCCAUUUUAGGUGCACAUGCUGAUAAAAAAUAAAACUUGAAGAAGCUAGAAAAGCGUCCCUGUAAGUCAGUUGUGCCCAAGACGUCAGGUUGCCUAUGGGUUGGUUUCAAAUCGUAAUGAGAAUCUCAGUGAGACAAAAAACUUUAAACAUGUCCUUAUUCCUUGUAUGCAACCGAACUAGGAGAGAAGUUACUCUUUUACUUGGAAAGUGAUUUAAAAGUAUGUUAGUGAGUGGUAAAAGAAAAAAAAAUUAGUUCCUAGUGCAAUUUUAAGAAACAAUUGAGAAGCGUCUGCAAUGGAAGGUUUUAGUUUAAUGUAUCUUCAUGGCCUUUCUUCCUUAUUUUGGUCUCUAUCACAGCGUUUGGAAUGGCAUAAGAAAUUUAUCCCAAAUUUCUUCUUUUUCAUUUCUCAAAUCGCCAAUUCUUUUAAGUUGAGGCAUCCAUAUGCCUUCUUACUUUAUGGAAGCCUUCUACUGUACAGUAGGCUAAAACUGAUACCCAAUGAAGAUUUAUUUAGUGUCCUUCAUCUAUUAGAAGCUUCUUCCCUAUGGCAAAAGUUGACUUUUUAAUAUUUAUUCGUGUUCUAAUCAUGGUUUGGUGGCCCGAUACUCCAAUAUUUACCUCGUAAAUUCUAUUGCUUUUUGGUGGAAAUCUAUUUAUCGCUGUAGUCUCUUUUAGUUCCUUCUAAAACUGAGUACAUUUUUCUACUCGUACUGCAAAAGUCGUAAGACUUCACGCAUACCAUUGGGAUCCAGGGGAGGUGGAUUAUUCAGCAUAAAAUCACUGUUUAGAAUGGUGAAUUUUCAAAAAUAAUUUUUAUUGGAAACCGCUGAAUCGAUCAGUUAUCCCCUACAUGACAUGUCUUUUUGAAGCUCUUCUGAAUCUGCAAACACUUUCAGCUUAAUUCUGGAAGGGUUACCUUGACAGUAAAUUAUUUACUGAUGAGAGAUAGUUUCACAUUUAUGGUUACUGUGUGCCGUAUCUGUGGCGACAACGAUAAAGAUUUUGACGUCACCGAGACGAUUGGGGCAACCUCCAAUGAAAGUAAAAUCUUUUAUCCAUGAUUUAAAUUUGCUUGUGGAGAAUAACAGCCAAGUGCAUUGAUUAGAAAUGUGGUUGAAAUGCUCUUGAUAUUGCAUACAGGCGCAGAGUGGACGUACUAUCUGGGUAGACAUGAUACAUGCAUCUGCUGUAUGGUGCAAUGCUAGUUGCAAUACCAGCAUUUCAUUGUGUUGUCUUAAACAUUUCAUUGUCUUGUCUCAUUCACUCAUGAAACUGGACGUGCACUCAUCAGAUCACUAGCAUGAAUUUUGACAAAAACAUGGGGGUCUAAGUCACGUGACUAUUGAUCUUCACGCUGUUAGCAUGUCGCCAACUUGGCAAUAUGCAUGUGCACGUGUAUAUCACAGCUAUAAGAGGCAGAUGUCAUGUUACCUAACUAAAACUUUUUCUUCUUUCUUAUGCAUUAGCAGCUCAUGGUCUGGAAUAUGCAUUUGGUGCUCAUGAUCUGCCUGCUAGUGGAGUUUUUGAGGUGGAACCAAGGAAUUGUCCUGGCUUUACGUACAGAUGCUCCAUAUUGUUAGGAUAUACCAACAUGCAUCUUCCUGAAUUUCAAGAAUUCAUUGGAAAUAUGGGUUCAGACUAUUAUGGUGACACAUACAGCCUGAUUUCAAAAAAUUGCAACCAUUUUACACAAGAUGUAUGUAUGAGACUGACCGGGAAACAGAUCCCAGGAUGGGUAAACCGACUUGCUCAACUAGGUAACUUACACUUCCACAGUUUUUCCUGCGCUUUUUUGCCUGUUUUAAGAUGUUGGUGUUUUCUGUAAGUUAAGGCUCUAGAGGAACAAUUUAUGUUGUCUAUUGUUGCUUCCAUUUUUCUUGUGAUCCUUCAUCUAAGGUGCAUUUCUUCAUGGGGAUUUAUUUUCAUUUUUUAUUUAUUUAUAUUUUUCUCAUGAUGUGAGAUGUUCCCGUCACCUUUUGUUUACCAAGUUAGAUUCUAUUUUUUUAACUCAUAUUAAACACAAAGAAUAUCCCAAUUCUUGGAAUUUUCUAUUAUGUAAGUGUGUGGAAAAAAGUAGUGGUUUUUUUACUUUAUAAGUUGAAGUAUGAUCAAAGUAUCUUCUAACGUGAAUUAAGAGGAUGUUUAUAUUGCAGAAGAGUAUCACAACCAAGGAAAUUACCAGUUUGGAUGCUGUCAAAUUACACAGUAAGGGGAAAAUGUGCCCACAUGAGAAAUUAUGCCACAUGAGUGUUUACUCCUGAAAUAAUGAUGAAACAUCACGUGUUUUCUUUAGCCCUUAGACUGGUGUUUUGUUUGAUGUAAUAUCUACGCCUCUUAGAUAUCUAUCCAGCAGUGGCCCAGUUCGGCAGAAUUUCUGUCAAAUUGUGCUGUUAAGUUCUUGGGAAAGUUCAUAAUUAGGCUCUAUCAACUUCUGCAAGUUUCCAAUGUGAUCAAAGUGCAAUUUGAUUAAAAAACCAACCCAAUUUUUCCGAUAUAUUUAAUAUCGGCUGCUGAUACCGUUUCAAUAUUGCAACGAGAAACAGUCACAAAUGCACGUAGGUUCUGUAACCAGUCACGUUAAAAUUGAAAAAUAGUUAACUCUACUGUGUGAUGUGCAGGUGCGAUGUGCAGUUGUUUGCUCCCUGAAAGCUACCAAAUUCCUGUUGGUAAGCAGAUUUCCGAAUAUUACAUCUAUUCAGGUUAGCGGCGGAAUUUCUCCAUAAUUUGAUGUCUUUUCCUCGAACAGCUCCAUCAAAGUAAACUCAAGCUGCAUGCCAAUAGAUCUUUAUUUAAAAUGUUUCUUACCCUGAAUCGUCCGCAGAAGACGAAUCUGGAUCUCUUUCAACUAUCACCGCACGUGAGCCUUCAGAGAGCGACGAUGCGGAGGAAGAUGAUGCACACCUGCUCUCACCACCUUCUGGGGGACGACGAGGAUCCGUUCAAAUGAGAUUUCCGCUGGUAACGUCCCCAAUGCCUUGA